ACAAUCGGGCUCAUAGAUCAAAAGAACAUGAAAAUAAAAGGAGAGAGAUGUAAAGAGGGGAAAAAUUGCUGAACCCUCCGAAAAUCUACCGAACCCUAUUCUCUUCGCUUCCAAACUGUGGCAACCCAUCCACACGAUGCAAUCCUUACCUUAAUAUUUCCUCGUUAGGGUUUCGAUUUCCUUAGCUGUGCAGAAGCUCUUCGAGUUCCGGAUAUUGAAGAUUGGGGUUUGUGCGGCCAAUCAGUGUUCGAGUCCUUGAUCUUGAAGAUUAUUGUUUAUGCCCGAUCGGAGACCUCUCUGCGCAGAUCUGAUCUCGUUUCAUUCUGUACCUUCUCUCGCCGGACCGAUUGUUGAAGAAUUGUUGUUUCCGCGCUUGUCUGAUUAUUGUUCAAGUUGAAGAACCAGUUUUUCUUUGUCUCGAAGAUACGGUUUCUUCGAUUUUGGCUGAGAUCUGUGAAGUUACAUUGAAACUGUUGCUAUCGGAGGGCAGGAAUAUUUACGACGCUAUCCUCGGACGCUUUUGUAUUUGUCGUCCUCCGUUGCAAGUUGUUUUGAGAUUUUGAUUGCCAAAGGCCUGGAUUUCUUUUGAAGGAGAUUCUGGAGAUUAGCAGCGCGCGAAGAAUAAUCACUGAGCUCUUCUGUGUGGUUCGAAUAAGAAAGAGCUUAGAUUUUGUACUGUUUGAAUUUGUUCGAGUUUAAUAUUAGGCCUUUUUUUUAAGGCCUUUUCCUUUGGGGCGUUUGUUCUUGUUUUGCUAUUGUUGUUAUUUUUUUCAGAAAGUAAAAGAAAAAUAUAAUGGCGGUGUAUUAUAAAUUUAAGAGUGCAAAAGAUUACGAUUCAAUUCCCAUGGAUGGUCCUUUCAUCUCAGUUGGUACCUUGAAAGAAAAAAUUUUUGAAUCCAAACACUUGGGUAGGGGUACCGAUUUCGAUCUUGUGGUCACCAACGCCCAGACUAAUGAAGAAUAUCUUGAUGAAGCAAUGUUGAUUCCUAAAAAUACCUCAGUUUUAAUUCGUCGAGUUCCUGGACGGCCACGUUUGCCCAUUGUCACUGGACAAGAGCCUAAGGUAGAAAAUAAGAUGGACGAGGCUGAACCAGAAAAGAGUAGCUUACCAGUUACUGAUGCUUCUACCAUGAAAUAUCCUGAGGACUCAGAGUGGGAUGAGUUUGGGAACGAUUUGUAUGCGAUUCCUGAAGCUCUGCCCGUUCAGUCCAACAAUCUAAUUCUGGAAGCUCUCCCUACCAAUAUAGCUGAUGAAGAGAGCAAAAUUAAAGCUCUAAUUGAUACUCCAGCCUUGGACUGGCAGCGUCAAGGUCCUGAUGGCUAUGGCCCCGGCAGAGGUUUUGGAAGGGGUAUAGGUGGUAGAAUGGGUGGGCGUGGUUUUGGUCGAGCAGGGUUUGAGCGGAAAACACCUCCUCCUGGGUAUAUAUGUUACAGGUGCAAGGUGCCCGGGCACUUUAUUCAGCACUGCCCUACAAAUGGUGAUCCAAGUUUUGACAUCAAAAGGGUGAAACCACCAACUGGUAUACCGAAGUCCAUGCUGAUGGCUACCCCAGAUGGUUCAUACGCAUUAUCAAGUGGUGCGGUAGCAGUCUUGAAACCAAACGAGGCUGCUUUUGAGAAAGAAAUUGAAGGGUUACCAUCCACACGCUCUGUUGGCGAGCUACCACCUGAGCUUCACUGCCCGUUGUGUAAGGAAGUAAUGAAAGAUGCUGUGCUGACGAGCAAGUGUUGUUUUGAGAGCUUUUGCGAUAAAUGUAUUAGGGACCACAUAAUGUCGAAGGCAGUGUGCGUAUGUGGGGCAAAAAACAUUCUUGCAGAUGAUCUCCUGCCAAAUAAGACGCUCAGGGAUACAAUCAACCGUAUAUUGGAGGGUGGUAACAGCAGUGCUGACAAUGCUGGAAGUACAUUUCAAGUUCAAGAUAUGGAGUCUGCACGCUGUCCGCAGCCCAAGAUUCCAUCGCCGACUUUAUCUGCUGCGUCAAAGGGUGAACAUAAGCCAUUGCCUAUUAAUGAAGAAACCCCACACAUACGUGACAAUACAGAUGACGGGAAGGCUGCUACUGCACCACAGCAGAUAGCAGAGAGAGUGAGGGCUGCAAAAACAGCUAUGUCUGAGGCUACGCGUGAGUCAGUGAGUGUGAAGGAACCUGCAGCAUCUCAGGGGAGUGCUCCCUUAGCUGAGGAAGAAGUGCAGCAGAAGGUGGCAAUUAGCGAGGCUGGGAAGAAAAAGAAAAAGAAGAAAUUACGCAUGCCAUCAAAUGAUUUGCAGUGGAAAACCUCUCAAGAUCUUGCAGCUGAGAAUUAUAUGAUGCCUUUUGGUCCUGCCUUCAAUCCAUACUGGACUGGCAUGCAACCCGGCAUGGAUUAUAUGGCACCAUAUCCUGGAAACAUGCCUUUUACAGGUUAUGGACUAGGCCCCUUUGACAUGCCUUUCGGGGGUAUUGUACCACAGGACCCAUUUGCUGGGCAAGGCUAUAUGUUCCCUCCUGUUCCACCUCAAAGGGAUCUUUCAGAGUUCAGUAUGGGUAUGAACGGUCCACCUCCAAUCAUGAGCCGAGAGGAAUUUGAGGCACGAAAAGCUGAUUUGAGGAGAAAGCGUGAAAAUGAGAGACGAGGUGAAAGGGAGUUCUCCAAAGAUCGGGAGUUUGGUAGGGAAGUGAGCAGCAGUGGCGAUAUUUCUUCAAUGAAAUUGAAAUCUAAGCCUGUUCCCUCUUCGUCAAGCGCCGACCACCAUUCUCACCAACGUCACCGAUCCGAGAGAUCGCCUGACCGGCCUGCACGCGAGCUCGAGCCCCCCCAGCGCCCCCCCAAGAGAAAAUCAGACAACCAUCACAGUCGCGAGUAUGACCGUGACCACGAUCGCGAUCGCCACCACCGUUCAGAGUCUUCCGUCAGACCCUCCUCGGAAGCAUCAGCCAAAGCCACCGCAGCCGCUGCUGCGGCAGACCGCAAACAAAAGGCCAGUGUGUUCUCCCGCAUUAGCUUCCCGCCCGAAGAAGUCAGCAAGAAGAGAAAGCUCUCGUCCUCAACCGAGGCACCACCAGGCAAGGCUUCGGCAAAUGGGUAUUACGACGACUAUAAAUCGACUUCGACAAAGGGUGCUGCUUCUGUAACUAGCGGUGGAGGAGGAGGAAGUGGGAGGAAGAGUAGUAGUGCUGUGGAGUACGAGUCGAGCGACGAGGAUAGGCAUUUCAAGAGGAAGCCGUCGAGGUACGAGCCGUCACCUCCUCCCCCGCCGCAGGUGGAGUGGGAGGAGGAAGGGAGGCAUCAUUCGAGAGGUUCCAGGGAACGGGAGCGGAGCAAACACAGAUAGAUUAGAGAGUUGGGAUAGUUGAAACAAAUACGAGAGAGAGGGAGAGGGGUUGCAUGAUACAUAGCCAGCCAUGAGUUUGUCAUUUGGAGCUUGGAGCUUCUCUGGCUGAUGAGAGAAAACAUGGGAUUGGGAGGGGAUUGAAGGCUGAGAUGAUAACAUUCUCGUUGUGAUAAUUGAAAAUCCACGGAGUUGUUGUACGAGCUUUGUAUUUAUUAAGCUUGAUUUACAAUCAUACGAAUUUGCAUUUUUACUA